GCAAUAUAUUGCAUCUAGCAUCACUGGCUGGAGGACUAGGGAGUGGCCGGGAUCCUCGGUCAUAGUGAGCGAGGAUACCUCAGCGGAGACAAACAAGGUGCACGACAACAAGGAGCCAACAUCACGCGGAAGCCUCUCCAGGGAAAGAAAGAAAAAUUAGAAGCAACAUCCCAAAACCGCGUGAUCGGAGAAGGAAAAAAAACGGGAUAAGGAGCGGAACGGUCGGUACCGCAAACGUACCGCAAGCGUACCGCAAACGUACCGAAGCUAUCGAAUACCGGAUAUCGAGGACACGAGGACACGAAAACGUGAAGAGAGAGAGCGAGCGAGAGGAAGAAUAGCGGCAGGAGCGAGGCGAGAAAGCGAGCGGAGGAGCGUGACGUCGACGGAGAAGGCUACCGCACGGCGAGCGUGAUUGUUGAGAGAAGCUGUCAGAAAUUGCUGCGAAAUUCGUACGCUACGAUGUCGCAGACCCUCAAGCAUUGGAAAGAAUUUGAGCAAGAAAACCAGGAGAACAUCAAGCUGAUCAAACGGAAAUAUCCUGAAUUUUGGAUCAAUUUAUUGAAAUUCAUGCAUACUUCUCACAAGAAGACGCAGGCCCGCGAGGCCAUGGUCCUGAACUAUUCGCCGACGCACGAACACGGCACGCAGACGUUCGAGACCAGGGAGCAGGAUGUCAGUCAGGGAGUCGACCGACAUGUGCAGACCAUGAACGUCUGCUUUGCCCAUCAAUUAAAGAUCAUAAUGGAGCGGCACGUAAUGCAGACAGAGCGAGAGGGACGCGAAGGCAAUUAUCAGAGGAGGGGGGGAAUCGGCGGAGCCGGCUAGCACGAUAGAGAGUUGGAGGGCAUAGAGCUGCGAUCGUUCGGGAUCGCGGCGCGACGUCCCGGUGGGAGCCGGGACCGGCCGAGACUUCUCCGGGACUCGCCGAGCGUCCCUCCCGUCGGGAAGCCAUUUGAGUUCAGGUCCAUUGCGUUCAGAACAUUGCUGGAACUGCUGGAGCUGCGCCGCCGAUACAGCAGAUACCCGCAUGAGACGGACUCUUGCAUUCUAUACGAUUUAGACAUAAUAAGAGGGUGCGAUUACUGUCAGGAGGAGAGGCAAAGCCAGAGACCGCACGUCUCUGGUCGCGGACACGUCAACCGCUCCAGCCUAUAAAGGGCGCGUUUUCGUUGUUUUUUCUCCUCCUUCUUUUUUUUAUUUUCUUUUGUGUUUUGACAAUAGCUCUGUCGGUAUGUACUCCGUGUGAAACAGUAUUGUCGUUGUAACGAGAAUGGCCACAAGUAAAAUAAAGGCCUCAAAUAAAAUAAAGGAAACCAAGACAAUGGUA